CCAGCGUCUGUACGAUUGUCUGAAGAUUCAGUAACAGUUCCACUCUCGUUUAGCCUCGUAUAUCCCUUGCAAGCUCCCCGUCAACGGGUCAUCACUAUCUAUUUCCAAACAAGCUAGUUUGCCCCAGUCAUAUCAACACAAUGGCCAGUCAACAAGCACCCAGCCAAUCCAAAUCAAUUGACGAGUAUCGAGCGUUAUACAAAACAUAUCUGGAACACUGCAACGCUCACGACUUUGAAGCGAUGAGAUCAUUCUACGCGUCCCCUCUCGUCGUCAACGACAAACCAAUAACCCCAGAAGAAGCAACAUCUUCCUUCCAACCCAUGAUCGACGCAUUUCCCGACUGGCACUGGAAUCUGCGAAACCUCACCAUCGAAGGCGACUAUCUUUCCCUUCUUUUCAAAGUCACGGGAACUCACAAGGGGGACUUUCGAGGCUACAAAGCCACCGGCCGCAAAAUGGAGACGAAUCAAUUCACGCUGUACCAUGUCGUCGAUGGAAAAUUUGCCCAAGUCUGGGACCUGGUUGAUUUCGACACCUUGAUUGCACAGAUCAAAUGAGGAAUUAUAUGGCAGAUCGCUUUUAGUCAAGAUUGAACAAUGGCAUUCUUUGUUUCAGUUUUCCCGGGAAUUUGGUGAAUUCAGGAGGUGAAGCCAAACCAGGCUUAGAAAGGACGCCAGAGAAUAUCGAACCUUGUUCGCCUAGCAUGGCGCAAGGAUUGUGUGUUCCAGUGACGAUACCACGCUGCUGGGUAUGAGGUGCCGAAAUGCCGGGUGAAUCGUUUCAUCCGAUUCAAACAUCAAGACUCUACUCAACGUCCGUCGAGCUCAGACUCGGAUGAUUGUGAAAGCCAUUAUUGCAUUAUGUGAUUAUGACUGCUCAUAAUAAGGUCAAAGAGCUAAUAGGGGGCCAGUUAAAACCGUUGAUUUCCAAAAGAAUAGUGAGCGGCCUAACUGAGACUGAUCAGCACACGGGGCACUGGUUCCGCCCG